CUUCAUUGUAAUAAACUUUUAAAAGGCGUUUUGGGUCUGUUCGUUAUCGUGUCUUGGUGGCAAAAUCAAAUUCUUAACUUCAAUGCGGAAGUUGCUUUAUGCUUAUAACUGACAAAUGAUCAGAUUUUUUACCCGCCGUUGCAUUGUUUUUAAUGAAACCAGUGGUUCCAAUCUGAUCUCAGAUCGGUAUCCUCUCUCCGUUUCCAGGCGGUGACCACGUGUUCCACCCGACCUGACAGAGGACCAUGUGGCGGAGCAAGAUGGCGGUGCGGUGGAGGAGGAAAGAUGGCAAUUUAAAUACCGGCAACAGCAAAUUUGUGGUGGGCAGCAUCCCAAAUGAGUUGGAACUAAGCAGAAGUGAAGUGGAAGAUGUGGACAUGGAUGUACAGUCUUGUGUGGAUCAUUCCAUCUUGGCCAUUUUUGAAGACUCCACCAUUGCAUCUAAGAGCAAAAAUGGUGCGGAGGAAGAAAGUGAGACUCUGCUGUCUGCCUUGACUGAGAUGCUGGACAGCGUGGAGGAUGAUGAUGGCACUUUGUCUCCCUUUGACGCCUUGCCAGACUCCGAGCUCCUCGGCCACUCAGAGCACAGGGAUGAAACUGUGGAACUAUCAACUGCUCAUAGACUUCAACCACGACCCAAACCACCACAUGUACUCAAAACCAGAACUGGAGGAGAAAAUGACUGGGAGUGCAAAGAAGUGAAAAAUGGUCUUCUGUCAGUGUUUAAAAAACAAAAACCGAUGGUUCGCUCAAAAACUAAGAAAGCAGAGCCUGAAGUUGAGGUUUUCACUUCAACCUCUCUUGUCAGCCUGGUGAAGCUCAUGCACCCUUACUGUCUGAAGCUGCACAUCGAGGACAGGGGCGAAAUGAGGAAAAAUCACUCCUUAUUCUCUCAGGAAGAAGUGUGGAGGUAUGAGCGGCCCAACGAGGAGAGCAAUGAAGAGAUAAACGUUGUAUCUGAUGACGAAGCCCCGGUAACAGAGACAAAAGAGGUGGAUGAAGUAGACGAUAAAAGAGAUAAUGGCCAACUCCUGAAGAGUGCGUUACUGAAUGGAAACUCAGCCAGAGCUGUUCCUCCCAGAGAGAAGAAGAGAGUGAGCUUCGGUCCUGUUCAAGUGGCUUUGUUUGAAUCGGUCGAAAAGGGAUUGAAUGAAAAAAGUGUUACUGGGGUGCACACAAGUGGAACUGAGUCGAAUCCUAUGAAGAGCACAGAAGCACUUGAAAGUCCAGCAGGUUCAGCACUUAAACCUCCAAUACAAUUGUCAGAAAGAAAUGAGACUGAGGUGCGACAAGAGAAGGUUAAAGGUAAGACAAAGGCCAAAUCACUCAGUCUCCAACAGUACAGGCAGCUUCGUCAGACGAGACGACCCCUGGUGGAGAAACAGGGGAACUACACCACCAAGUGGCCCUCUUUUUCUGAGCCCCCCAAGGAGCUGACCCCCAUUUUCUGCUUUCAGGGACAGAAAAAUAACAUCAACACGACACAACUUCAACCGGUCUUCCAUAAACCAGAUAACAAGACCCAUCAUUCCUCUUUGCUGCACACUAAUCCCUCUGAGGUCAAACUGCCCACUUAUCUAAACUGUACAGGAUUAAAGUGCCCAAAGACUGAAUCCAAAGUUAUUUCACCUUCCAGUCCACUGCCAGAUUUUACUACCAACACAGACAUGUCUAUAAGCGAGAAAAGUUCCUCCAAGAAGCCAAAACUACUUAGUAGUGAUCCUCCAAAUCCUGUCCUCCUCCCUCUGCCAGCUCCUCAGACACCACCCACUUCAAACCCCUCAAAGUCUAGACUGGAGUCUGUUAGACCUGAAGAAACCCAAUAUGAAUCUUCAGAAGCAACUCCUCAGGAACAAGUGACCUCAUCAGAACCAAAGCCCCCUAUGUCUCCAAACAAGGACUGUAACCUGGACAAUGCAAAGUUUACAGAAGUACCUCCAGACGUUUCCUCUCUAUCUCCAUCACAAACUGGAUCAACGUCAGAGUCCAGCAGACCAAAGACUCCUCAGUCACAAAGUCCAAACACAGUGAGACCUUUAGUGUCACUGGAGCCCUCUUUCACACUUCUCCCCAGUCAGCGUCUGCCUCACACGGAUGCUCAUCUAUCACUGAAAGAGUUGCCCGACACCACCUGUUCAUCUGAGGCAGCAUCUCAAACCAGCUGUAGAAUGAAGUGUGAAGCAGUCAGAUCAGGGAUUGAAGCGCCUGAUCUGACCAGCUUGCUGGAACAGUUUGAGGAAACACAAGCAAUAAAGGACAGAGUUAACAAGCCCAAACUCAUAUCUGCUGCUUCACCAUCAACCUUACAAACAGAAGGCUGCUUGGACAGAUGUGAGGCUGCAGGACCUGAACCACUGCUAUCACCUGCUGUGGAAGCAACUGAACCUUUGAUGUGGGAGUCUGUGGACAUCCACGAGCCCCUCUGUACUGAAAUUAUCCUGAGCACUCAGCCUGCAAGACAAAAAAAUCUUCCACCAAAGGCCAUUCAGAUAAUUGACCCACGUCCUUUACCGUCCAGGAAGACUCACAUCAUCUUAUCGGAGUCGCCUGCUACUCAUGCUUUCACUGAUAUGUACUCAUAUUUAUCAACUGACCAUGAUUACUGCAGGCCUGUAGACCAUUCUUCUGUAAACGCUGCUCAGCAUAGAAGAGCCAAGUCCUCUUCACACAUGGAAACUGCUGCAGAACUGCAGGCCCCAGCUCAAAAGUCAAGAUCUGCUGGAGAAGACCAAAACGAUCCUCCAAAUGGACCAACGUUGCAGUGUUUCCCAGAACCAUUCAGGAUCAAGGCAGAAGCAGACCUGGUCACAGAAACAGCCCCGUGUAGUCUUCCUACUCCUCCACCUAGCCCUCCUGCUAGAGGGAGGGCUAGAGGAAGGGCCAGUAGAAAAUAUAGAAGAUCUCCACAGUCCGACUCCAGCUCUAGCUCCCGCUCCUCCUCCUCCUCCUCGUCAUCUUCCUCCUCCAGUUCUGCAUCUAGGUCUCCAAAAAGACUGAGAAUACGUCGCAGACGUUCAGAGAGCAGUUCCUGCUCAUCGUCCCCUUCUUAUUGCAUUUCCCACUCCCCUCCUCUGCGCUACAGGUUGUCUUACCCCAGAUCAAGAUUCAGCCGCUCCAGAUCCCCAUGCAGAGCCCGGUCACCCUCCCCACAGAUACACCGUCAGCGAUGGAGAGAAGUUUGCAGCAGCAGAGAGUCCAGGAGGUUCAGGAGGGAGCAUGAAGUGAGGAUUCAGAAACUCAAAGCCAUAGAUGAGCGUAGGGUUGUGUAUGUCGGCCGCAUCCGCAGAACAAUGACAAACGAUGAGCUGAGAGAACGAUUCUCUCAGUUUGGAGAGGUGGAGUGUGUGUCGCUUCACUUUAGAGAUCAAGGUGACCACUAUGGCUUUGUCACAUUCUACAACACGGAGGAUGCUUUUGCAGCCAUUGAUAAUGGCGGCAAACUUCGGAGGUCUGAUGAGCUGCCGUUUGACAUCUGCUUUGGUGGGCGAAGGGAGUUCUGUAAUUCAGACUACGCUGAUCUAGAUGCAAAUAGAGAUGCCGACCUGUCCCCCUCCAAAAGCAGGUUUGAAGACCUCGAUUUUGAUUCGCUGCUGAAACAGGCCCAGAAAGGGUUGAGGAGGUAGCUGGGUCACCAGGAAGAUGGAAACAAAGUCAUGCACAGGACAAUUCCCACUGACCUCAGGGCAGCAUGCUCACACUUAUGUAGCAAAAUCUAAUAUGUGUGGUUCUUUUUUGUUUUUUUUUUUAGUUUGAGCUUUAAGAUACUACACAUGCAUGCAUUUAAUUUGUACACUUUAUAUAAACAAAGAUGUUGUAAGCAUGCAGUUUUUAAGUUGUAAAUUUUAUAAGUAUGUAGCAUUAAUAUAACAAAAAAUUUCUGUUGCACCGGUUACCUCUAAUAUGAACAGAGGGUAUAGAAAUUAUUGAAGUUUUCUUGCAUUCCAGAGCACUAUAAACAUCCUGUUAUGUUUUUUUUAUUAAAACAAAGAUUGCAUAUUG